AUGGAGGAGACGUUGAUCAUCCCACCAGGCUUUCACUUCAAACCCACCGAUCAAGAACUCGUCAGUUUCUAUCUCGCAAGAAAGGCUAUGGAUCUGCAGCUGCCAUGGAAUCCCAUUUUGGAGAAGACCAUCUACGGUGAAAACGCAGAUCCAUGGGAUGUUUUCGCCGACGUUCAGUGGGAUACUUCUGUUGUCACUAGAGAGGACAAGGAAUCCAAGAAUGUGAAGCGGGUCAUCUAUGUUUUCACGAAGUUAACGAAAGUCAAUGGCAAGACGAGGAUUUCAAGAACUGCAGGGUCUGGUACAUGGGACGGCCAAACUGGUGCAAGAAAUAUAUACAACAAGUCCAGACAAGUAAUCGGCCAGAUGAAGAUGUUUAGCUUUACCGCGAAAACCCCUGGUGACGUCAGAAAGCAACAUGAUCACUGGAUCAUGCACGAGUACUCGCUUGCUGGCGUUUCAUUGAAGUGUGAGUUGAAAUACAAGGACUAUGUGAUUUGUAAGAUCACGAGAUCGUCAAAGGAGAAAUCUCCACAACAGCCUAUUUUAAGAUCAGUUCCUGGAGAAUCUUCGAGUUCAUGCAGGGAGAAUGACUCAUUGAUUAACAAUGAGUUGGGGAAGAAAAGAUUGGCUGAAGAACACCAAGAAGUUGCAUGUCAGAAGAAGCAGAAGGUGGAAAGUAUGGGCGAACUGGAAGGGAGAUCAACUUACGUUAGCCCUUCUGGUGAUGAUAAUUUCACAUGGACGUCAUAUUUUUGUUGUGCAAAUGCGGCACCGCUGCAACAGCUCCCUAUGCCGGUCGAUGGAUGCUUGAUUCCUCAGCAUGAUCAGACUGACGGAAGAGACUGCUCAUAUCACGAAGAUGAAUCUUGGCUUGAUAUUCUUUUGAAGAACAUGGAUGGUGAUGGAUCCUUGCUUGAUAUUCUUUUGGAUGAUGGAGAUGCGCCUGAAACCUUGUUUGAUCCGAGUUUUCGUCAAUCCCUUGAUGAUAAUUACAUCGCAUCAACAUUAGCGGAUGACGGUGGGGCGUCGCUGCAACAGCCUCCUUCUCUGAUUGAUGAAUGCUUGAUGCCUCAGCAUGAUCAGACUGAUGGACGAGAAUGGCGUCAAGAAGAUGAAUCUUUGCUUGAUCUUCUUCUGGAGUAUGAAGAUGGCGAUAAUGGAUCAUCCUUGCUCGAUUUCCAUUAG